AAUCAGCUUCAAGCGAGAGUCGAGAGAGCAGCUGAAUGUGAGUGAGCGCUGGGCGGGGAGUGUAGAGGACAGCGGUGUGUCGAGGCUUACAGUCACUGCCAUCUCCCAGCCAGCUCCAGCCUCCCGUUGUGGACAUCAGCGCCUGUAACCAGAGGGAGGUGUGUGUGCGUGUGUCUGCUGUACACUGGAGCAGCCACAUUAACGCCCCAGCCACACUGGACCCGGGCAGCCAGCUCCCCUCCUCAGCUCUGGAGACUUGGUGAACUUGUUUGUUGUUUAUCGUUCCUCCCUUUCUCUUCUUGACUCGCCUGUGUGUGGGACCAGCCUGUGAGACUCUGCCUCCUCCAUCCUCCCACCAACCCCAAGUGAGUAGCACCUGCAGUUCCCUCUCUGCCCCCCGUCCCACACACACACGGAGUCAGCACAGCCCCCCCAACAACUUCUGCAACUUCCACCACGACUGUGACAAAAGUUUCUUCUUCCCAACUUGCAACCACGACCUGGCACCGUGUGGCAGAGCCCGAGUUGCUCGCUUGCUUGGGGCGUUGUGGCAGCGUUGACAGAGCCGGGUCGGAUAUGGGGUCCAGCGACUGAGCGAAACUGAAAAUAUUACUUCAUCAACGGCGAUUUAAAAUGAUUCCACCAGCUUCUCCGAAUUAAUCUGACAAAGAAUCAACAACAAGGUCAGGCGUGUACGUCAAUGUGUGGGUCCGUAUGCUUGCUGCUACUGAGGCAAUGCUAAGUGGGAGAGUGGGAGCUGGCUGCAGCCUUCCCGUGGAGUUCAAGGUUUCAAGAUUCCAAGGCAGGAUUGAAUGAGGGCGAUUGACGGCAGGAUGUGGAGCUGCGAGGGUACUAACGGCACAGUGAACGGCCUGGACCAGCAGUUGUGCUACGACCUGGAGCUGGUCCUCUUUGUCCUGUCUGUGGUUUACCUCAUCAUCUGCUUCCCCUUCAGCAUCUGCUACAACUCCCUGCUGGUCCUGGUCAACCUGUACAACAAGUCGGCCAUGACCAUGCCCGACGUCUACUUUGUCAACAUUGCCGUGGCUGGGCUGAUCCUCAGCCUGGUGGCCCUGGUGCAGCUGCUGGGCCCGGACAACCCACAGUGGGCCGUGUGGAACUUCAACAGGGAGGUCUACAUCACCCUACUCAUUCUCUUCAACAUCUCCGCCCUGGUCACCAUGUACUCCACCACGCUGCUCAGCCUGGACUACUACAUUGAGCAGGCCCUGCCGAGGACCUACAUGUCCAGCGUCUACAACACCAGGCACGUCUGCGGCUUUGUCUGGGGCGGGGCGGUCCUGACCAGCUUCUCCUCUCUGCUCCUUUACGUCUGCAGCCACGUGCCCAAGAUAAUCGAGUGCUCGAAGAUACAGAACAAGGAGGUGGCGGACACCAUCAUGGUAUUUAUUGGCUUCUUUGUGCCGGCCACGGCGGUCCUCUACGCCUUGAUAUUGAUCUUUCGCAUUCGGAACCAGUCCACCCCGCUCGAGCAAGACUCAGCCGUGCCCGACCCGACCAUGCACCCGCUGCUGGUGGCCACAGUCUGCACGCACCUGGUGUUGUGGGCUCCGUAUUACAUGACGCUGCUGGUCCACAUCGCCUACAGGCCCCGAGCAUCGGACCUGGCGAGCCGGUAUCACAUCUACUACUUUGUCAAGGGCCUGUCCAAGCUGCUGGCCUACUCGUGCAGCUUUGUGGUACCGCUGCUCUACACGUACAUGCACAGGGACUUCACUGGCAAACUCAGGCAGCUGGUCAGGAGGUUGGACUGUCAGACGGAAGGUUGUUCAGACCAACAGACGGAGAGGCAGCCACAAGUCGUGGUGAGCUGAGGCAGGUGCAGCCUGCUGUCACAAGAGCAUCAUCUUGCCACUGGUGAAUAAAGUCCCAAAUCAUUCCACCGUAGAAAAUCACACUGGCUUUCACUAACCGAUUCUUUAAGCUCAGCCCAGUAACGGAAUAUAUUGUUGGACGUCAGAGGUUGUGUCCAGCGGUGCAGCGGGUAGAGCCACUGCCUCACAGCGCCAGAGACCCCAGUUCGAUCCUGACCUCGGGUGCUGUCUGUGUGUGUGUGUGUGUGGAGUUUGAACAUUCUCCCCGUGACC